UAAGAUUACUCCGUAUAUGACCACCUCUUUUUUUAUUACUCCCUUUGAACAAAUCCCAUCCCCUCUCUAAUUUCCUCCAUUAAUAUACUUUCUUCCUCUUUCUCUCUCCUCCAUUUCCUCUCAUUUUCACUCUUUACCCAAACUUUUUGCUCAUUUUUUCUGGGUUUCUGUCGAAUUGAAUUGGGGUUUGGAUAGAUUUUUUCGAUUAGGGAGCAGAAUUGAUUUAAUUUUGGGGGAGAAAUGAUGAUGACAAUGGAAGGAACAAUGGAUGAAAAUGUAUUGGAUGAUAUAAUUAGAAGAUUAUUAGAAGGAAAAGGAGGGAAACAGGUUCAAUUAUCUGAAGGUGAGAUCCGCCAACUUUGUGUCAACGCUCGUAAUAUCUUCCUAUCUCAGCCUAAUCUCCUUCAACUCCGUGCUCCCAUUAAGAUCUGCGGUGAUAUACAUGGGCAAUACCUGGAUCUUCUUAGGCUUUUUGAAUAUGGAGGUUAUCCUCCAGCUGCAAAUUACCUCUUCCUUGGAGAUUAUGUAGACCGUGGCAAGCAAAGCUUGGAGACAAUUUGUCUGCUUCUAGCUUACAAAAUAAGAUAUCCCGAUAAAAUCCACCUUUUACGAGGAAACCACGAAGAUGCAAAAAUCAAUCGUAUUUAUGGGUUUUACGAUGAGUGCAAAAGAAGAUUUAAUGUUCGUCUUUGGAAGAUUUUCACGGACUGCUUCAAUUGUUUGCCGGUUGCUGCAUUAAUUGACGAAAAAAUUCUUUGUAUGCACGGAGGUCUGUCUCCUGAUCUACAUAAUUUGAAACAAAUAGACGAAAUUCAGAGACCUACGGAGAUACCAGAUAAUGGUCUCCUAUGUGACCUUCUCUGGGCAGAUCCAGAUUCUAGGAAUGAAGGCUGGACAGACAGUGAUAGAGGUGUUUCAUGUACAUUUGGGUCUGACGUGGUUGCUGAGUUUUUAGACAAGAAUGAUCUUGAUCUGAUUUGCCGCGGUCAUCAGGUUGUAGAAGAUGGGUAUGAAUUCUUUGCCAAGCGAAGAUUAGUUACAAUAUUUUCAGCUCCAAACUAUGGCGGAGAGUUUGACAAUGCUGGAGCCCUUUUGAGUGUUGAUGAAGCCCUAGUAUGUUCAUUUGAGAUACUCAAGCCACGCGACCAAGGAAGUAGUUCCAAAGUACCGCUAAAGAAGGUUCCUAAAGCUGGAGGAGCCUAAUUUUAAUUCGUGUAAAUGUAAAUGAAGACGGCAUAGUUGAAACUUUUUAGUAUCCUCGUGAGUUCAGAUCUCUCGUAGUGAUAUGGUUCGUGAGGGAGUGAAAAUCGUCAAUGUUCACCACCGAGGCUCGUAAUUCUACAAACUCAUGGGCAUGGCUUGCAGUUACUGAAAUGAGAAGUUCAUCUGACAAAAACCUGUAAAUCAAACACCAUAUAUAUAAUACAUAUCCAUCCGCAGGAUCUGACAUUUAUAUUCUUUUCUUUCAUCUUCAGUUGUUUUAGGCUAUACCCUCCCCUGUUUUUUUCUUGUAUUUGUUGGUUGCCAUUUUGUAGGCAGAUAAUGAAGUAUUAUAGGUUAUCCCUUGUUUUCGUGUAUCAAA